AUGGAGCUUCAACGGCGCAGUCAGUCUCCAGCUCCACCUGGUGAGGCAGGGGCUGGCGCUAGCCGUCAGAACGCAGAGCUCCAGGGGCGUGUGCAAGAACUCCUUCGUGAAAACCUGGAGCUCCAGGGACGUUCGUCGGAUAUUGCCAGUGCUGCAGGGGCUGCAGUGAGACGACAGAACGAGGAGUUGCAGGUGCGUGUGCAGGAACUUCUUCGUGAAAACCUGGAGCUGCAGCGGUACCCGCCUCCACCUCCAGGCGCCGCUGAGACGGCCGCUGCUCUGGCCACGGCCAAACAAGAGAACGACAAGCUCCAGGGCCGUGCGCAAGAACUCCAACGUGAAAACAACGAGCUUCGGAGCCAGAUCCAAGCCCCACCGUCCGUUCCAGAUGACUUCGGUGCAUUGGACCGUGCGCUGGGCGCGGCCAAACGCCAGAACGAAGAGCUGGAGGCGAGGGUCCAAGAGCUUCUUAGCGAGAACCUGCAGCUUCAGCGGCGAAGCCCCUCCCCGCCUCCAGAUGCUCCAGGUGAAGCGGCACUCGCAGCGGCGAGGCAUCAGAAUGACGAGCUCCAGGCGCGGAUGCAGGGCGUCCUUCGUGACAACCUGGAGCUUCAGCGGCGCAGCCCUUCACCACCUGGUGAUGCCGCAAGGCAGAAGAACGAAGAGCUUCAGGCGCGAUGCUUCGAUCUGAUUCAAGAGAAUGAUGCCUUGCGACAGCAGCUGGCCGAACGGGCUCGGGACGGCUCGCCUCAUCGCCCUCGGCGUCCUGCCGCAGAGGCUCUUCGCUUGGCAUUGCAGCGACAAGAACUGAGCCUCGUGAAGCUGCUGACGGGCCUGGAUCCGCAGAUGCACGGCAAGGUCUCUUUCGAAGCCUUCCAAGCAGCAUGCAGUCGCCACCACUUGAGUCUGCAGGCCGACGACUUUGGCAAGCUGGCCAACGUUCUCAAUCUGGACAAGCGAGGCUUCUUUCACAAGGAGGCUCUCUUGCGAGCCUUCCGCAGAGCAGAAGAGGUCGCCUCCCCUCCUCGCGGUCGCAAGGCUUCGGAUGGCCCGAGCCACACACAAAGCCGCGCGUGCAGCGGCUCCCGUGAGGUGCACGUGCAGCAGGGUCUUGGCCCUGUGGAGGUCCAGCAUCGCCGCCAGAUAGAGCGCCUGGAGUCGAGGCUGUUCGCGUCCGAGCAGGAGCGGCAGACCCUUCAGCGGGACUUGGAUGCCAUGCGCCGGCAGGAGUCGGCUCGCGAAGAUGCUCUUCAGAAGCCCAGGCCUUUGUCCGUCCUUCUCUCUGCCGGCGACACUGCGCCUCCGUUUAUCAAGGAGCUCAAGUUGGAAGUCAAAGGAACCCGUGAGCUCCGCGACAAGCUCUACAAUGCAGAGACGCAGCUGGAAAGCUACAAGCGCAGGUUGGAGGUGGAUGCACGGCAGGAGCUGGAGAAGGAGCGGCAUGUGGUCAAGCAACUGCAGGCCGAGCUGGAGGAGAAGGAGCGAACCGUUGCCGAGCUCCUUUUCGACCUCCGACGAGCCAGGAACGCGUCCGGCGAGGGAGACUGGGCCCAGCGGGAAGAGGAGUACAUGCGGCUGGACCUGCAGUUGCGCAAGCUCGAAGGAGAGUUGGCUGCCUCCCGUCGUGCGGAGCGUGACAUGGCGGACAGGCUGCUUCAAGCCGAGCACGUGGCGAUGGAGUUGCGCUUCGACCGUGAGCAGGUUCACCUACGCAGCUCUCGGCUGGAAAGUCGCAUACUGGAGUUGGAACUGCUCAACGGCGAGGACUCGCCAAGGCAGCGACAGUCUCCGCUCAAGACCGGUGCAGGGGCAGCGGCGGCCAACCUUCAGAGCCGAAAGGAGCGCAAUCUGGAGAACGUGAUCGAAGGGCUUGAGCGUGUAGUGAAUCAGCAGAAGGCGGAGAAUCAGCGGUUGAAGGUCGCGCUCGACAGGCGCCCCGACGACCGCCGCGGGCGUGGCCGUGCAGAAGUGGAGCGUUUGAGGAAGCGGAUAGAGGAGCUGGAAUCAGCCCCUCCGCGCUCACAGGACAGCGGCAACAUGUCCGCUGAAGGUCCGGUGCUGGAAGCCUACAGACGAGAAGUUGCCGCCAAGGAGGAGGUGAUCCAGAAGCUUCAGGAGAAGCUCCGCGAGGCCGCCGAGGGGCCAGGAACGGAGCCUCCGGAGAUGCAGCGAUUGCUUCAGGAGUUGGCCGAGCUGCGCCGUGCGAGAGGCGAAGAUGGCCAGGCCCUGGACGAAGCGCAGCGCGCCCUCCAGGAGGCUGAGAUGACAGAGAAGCGCUACUUGGAGGUCGUCCGUGAAAAUCGCAAACUUCGACAGGACCUGUCGGCACUGGAGGAUGAUGGUUUCUGGAAGGAGAUAGAGUCUCUCCAAACUCGCAACCAGGAGGCGGUCGGCCUUGCCAAAGAGAGCAAGGAGGCCUUAUUGCGUUGCGGCACCGCCGCUGGAGUGGACGUCGCGUCACUGAUGGCUCGACUUGAGAUGUUUGCUGCUGCCGGCUAA